AUGUCGAUGGAUCUGGAUGCCCCGGUCUAUGUGGGCCAGCAGGAGCAGGUUGCAGCAACCAUUCUCUGUUGCAACUGCGGUGCCGCUAUCGAUGGAACAACUUCGGCUGGAGCCUUGUGUUCGGAUUGUAUCAGACUUACUGUCGAUGUUUCUCAGGGUGUGCAACGCGAUGCAGUCCUCCACUGCUGCAGAGACUGCGAGCGCUGGCUGCAACCCCCUACCAGCUGGGUUGUCGCGGCGCCUGAAUCGAAGGAACUUCUCGCCAUUUGUCUACGCAAGCUCCGUGGUCUGAACAAAGUCCGGAUCAUCGACGCCAGCUUUAUCUGGACGGAACCCCAUAGCAAGCGCAUUCGUAUGAAGCUUACUAUUCAGCAAGAAGCCUUCCAGGGCACAAUUAUCCAACAGACUUUCGAAGUGGAAUAUGUUGUGGCCAAUCAGCAAUGUGCCGACUGCCAGAAAUCCUUCACGGCAAACACCUGGCGUGCUUCGGUGCAGGUUCGCCAGAAGGUCCCCCAUAAGCGUACUUUCUUGUAUCUGGAGCAGCUUAUUCUUAAGCACGGUGCCCACAAGGAUACUGUCAACAUCAAAGAAGCGAAACAUGGUCUUGAUUUCUACUUCGCGCAACGAAACCAUGCUCAAAAGAUGCUUGAUUUCCUCACCAGCGUCGUGCCUUGCAAGACUAGCAAGUCCGAAGAGCUCAUUUCUAUGGACAUCCACACAUCCUCAGCGAAUUACAAAUUCAGUUUUGCUGUAAAUAUCAUCCCUAUUUGCAAGGACGAUCUCGUUGCUCUGCCGAUCAAGUUGGCCCGCUCAUUAUCUGAUAUCAGCCCGCUUACCAUUUGUCACCGAGUUGGCACUACUGUCAAUCUGAUGGAUCCUUGCACUCUCCGUACAACGGAUAUUCCUACAGGCACAUACUGGCGUGAACCAUUCUCAGCCCUUGCGGAUAUCACUGAGCUUAAGGAAUUUAUCGUUUUGGACAUUGAAUCGACUGGCAUCUCCAAUGGCCGAUACCUCCUAUCUGAGGCCACUGUUGCCCGUGCCUCGGACCUAGGAACCAACGAUAUCACAUAUUUCACACGGACUCACCUUGGUGGUAUCCUGCACGUGGGUGACUCCGUCCUUGGAUAUCACCUGACGGGAACCCAGUUCAACAACGACCAGUUCGAUGCAAUUGAGAACAGCCACCAGUACGGCUCAACCAUCCCGGAUGUCGUUCUCAUCAAGAAGCACUAUGUUCGCAGCAAGAAGUCUAAGACUCGUAACUGGCGCCUGAAGCGCAUGGCUCGCGAGUAUGAAGAGGAGGCCACCGCUCCCAACGCCAACGUUCCCAUGAACAAGCGCCAGGAGCAGGAGCAAGCCCGUAUGGAGCAAGACUACGAGAUGUUCCUGCGUGAUGUUGAAGAGGACCAGGAGCUGCGUCACACCCUUGAUCUGUACAAGGUCCGCCAGCAGCAGGCUAGGGAGGAAGAGAUGGAUGAAGACGAUGAAGAUAUGGACGGAGAGGGACACGCCGUGCCAAAGAUCAACAUGGAAGAGCUGCUCGAUGACUUUGACGAGUUGAACAUGAAUGACGAAUAA